AUGGCCACGUUAAAUUUCGCGCCAUUCAGCUAUGGCUCUGAGACAUGGGAGUCUUACACGGCUCGGUUCGAGUGUUUUUUGGUCGCUCACGACCUCACCGAGUUGACGGACGAGCGGAAAUGCGCAUUUUUCCUGUCCGUCUGUGGCAAAGACGUUUUUCAUACUGCCAGGGCUCUUACAGCUCCGGAGCCUAUUAAGGCCGUCCCAUGGCCCGUGCUGCUGGCAAAGUUGACAAGCCAUUAUGCCCCGUCGCCGUCCAAGAUAGCCCGCAGGCACGCCUUCCAUCAGCGGAGCCAGGCUGAGGGGGAGUCCGUCAGCGCCUACGUUGCUGCACUACGCUCGGCCGCCCUGCACUGUGAGUUCCGAGACCUAGAUGAAGCUCUCCUCGACCGCCUAGUGUGUGGCCUCCGAGACCUCAAGCUUCAAAAGCGGUUACUGACUAAAACAGAUCUUUCGUUUCAAACCGCCCUUGAUGAAGUUCGGGCGUCCGAGAUGGCUGAGGCUUCCCUAGCUACCAUCGCAAAGGCCCGGACUGCCACUUCCACGCAGGCUGCCAACGCUUUUAACACUGUGGCCGGUUCACCAGACUCAGAAAGUGAAGAUUCCGAUGCGGAAACCCAGGAUGAGGACAUUAACCGCCUUGAGGAGGCGAACAGAAAGAGCUGGCAUCGGCGGAAGGGCAACUCUAAAUCUGCAUGUAGUGGUUGCGGAGGCAAUCACGAAAGAGCUGAGUGCAGAUUUAGACAAGCCCUCUGCCAGCAGUGUGGACGAAAGGGCCACAUCGCUAGGGUGUGCCGGGCAGCGCAGCCCAUGUCCUCUCCAGAGUCCCAAACCGAGGGGUCUCGGCCAUAUCGAACCAAGAAAGCUAGAACGGACUGCCAUGCAAUCCUCCGAAACUCUAACCACGACCUCUCUUGCCACCUUCUGCAAAAGAAGAUCCAACUAGCUGUGACGAUAGAAGGGAAGCCCUGUGAGAUGGAGCUCGACACCGGUUCCGCAACGUCCAUAGUGUCUUGGAGCACAAUCAAACGUCUCUUGCCUCAGCUGUCCAAACGCCAAUUACAAGACUGUCAUUUAACAUUAAGGGACUAUCAGGGCAACCUGAUUCCAGUAAUUGGCACCCGGAAAGUCAGAGUGCAGUUCAAGAGGUUUGACGGCCGGCUACCCCUCAUCAUAGUCGAGGGACGACUGCCCAGCCUUCUAGGUCUCGACUGGUUCCAGUCCCUAGGUCUGCAAGUCAGCGGAAUCCACCACCUCGGCGCAACUGCACUCGACUGCUUGGUCAACGAAUUCCCAGCUGUCUUCGAUGGCACCUUAGGCAAAUACACAGGAACGCCUGUUUCUUUCAACCUCGACCCAUCAGUGCAGCCGGUGCGAAUGAAGCCACGCCGAGUUCCAAUUGCACUCAAGCCGAAGGUGGACGCCGAGCUGGACAAACUCGUAGCUCAGGGCGUCCUCGAGCCAGUGGAUCAUGCACGAUGGGAAACACCCAUCGUGCUGCCGAUUAAGCCGGACGGCAGCGUGAGGAUCUGCGCAGACUACCGCUGCUCGAUCAACCGUGCCCUGCCUUCAAAUGCGUACCCAGUGCCAGUGGUCCAGCACCUCCUACACACUCUGGGCGAGGGGUCAAUUUUUGCAAAACUCGACCUUGCACAGGCGUAUCAACAACUGGUCGUGGACGACGAAGCAGCUGAGGCGCAGACAAUCAUCACGCACCGGGGCGCAUUCCGUUGCCGCAGACUGCAGUUUGGGGUGAGCAUCGCCCCUGGACUUUUUCAAAGCUUGAUGGAGCGGUUGCUCCAAGGACUCCAAGGCGUCGUCCCCUAUUUUGACGACGUCCUUGUGUCAGCCACCACCAUGGAUGAACUCAUGGCCCGUUUGCGCAUGGUUCUCCAAAAAUUCCAAAAAGUGGGCCUGAAGGUUAAGAGAGACAAAUGCCAGGUUGCGGUGUCCCAGAUAGAGUUCCUGGGGUUUCUCAUUGAUGGCAAUGGCAUCCACCCCACUGCUGCCAAGACCAAAGCCAUCCUUGAGGCCCCUGCACCUACUAAUAGAGCUGAAUUACAGGCCUUUUUAGGCCUCCUCAAUUUCUAUGCGGUCUUCCUGCCGCAUAAAGCCUCCGUCGCGGAGCCACUCCACCGUCUCCUAGACUCGGGGGCUGCCUGGGUCUGGGGCCGGCGGGAGGCGUCCGCGUUCCGGGCUGUGAAACAUCUCCUGAUCUCCAACGACGUCCUUGUUCAAUACAGCGAGCACUUACCUUUAGUGCUCGCCUGCGACGCUUCACCCUACGGGGUGGGCGCCGUUCUUUCCCACCAGUUGCCUAGUGGAGCAGAGGUGCCGGUUGCCUAUUUUUCCCGCACUCUCUCUGCUUCUGAGCGCAACUACGCACAAAUUGAUAAAGAGGCCCUCGCUAUUGUGGCCGGGGUGCGGCGUUUCCAUCACUAUUUGUACGGCCGCCCCUUCCAAAUUGUCACUGACCACAAGCCUUUGCUGGGAUUGCUUGCCGGCGACCGCCCGGCCCCGCAGGUGCUGUCUCCCCGAAUGACACGAUGGUCUGUGUUCCUCGCCUCCUACGACUACCUGCUACUGCACCGACCAGGGAAGCAGAUCGCUCACGCCGAUGCGAGGGGAUGGCCAACUGAGAAGGUGGCAGAGGGCUUCCGGCCCUUUAAAACUCGACAAGCGGAGCUCUCCCUCCACGGGGGGUGCCUCGUUUGGGGGGAUCGAGUGGUGAUCCCUACAGCUCUUCGGCCACAAGUACUGUCCCUGCUCCAUAGGGAUCACCCCGGCAUAGCACGAAUGAAGGCAUUAGCCCGUAGCUAUGUCUGGUGGCCCCUAUUGGAUUCAGAGAUAGCGGCCUAUGUAGGCCGCUGCACCCCGUGUCAACAGUCAAGGCCCAAUCCCCCCGCCGGGCCUGCUCGCGAGUGGGAGGCUCCGAGAGGCCCGUGGUCCCGCCUCCACUUGGAUUUCGCUGGUCCCUUCCACGGCCAGAAUUUCUUGAUAGUGGUGGACGCAUACUCCCGCUGGGUGGAGCUGGUCCUGAUGGGCUCCACCACAGCUGAGAGCACGGUCCGGGCCUUGAGAAGGCUAUUCGCAACACAUGGGUUGCCGGACCUCGUUGUUUCGGACAAUGGGCCUCAAUUCAUGUCCACCACGUUUCAAGAGUUUCUGGCCGAGCAAGGGAUCCGGCAUGCGCCCAUAGCCCCGUACCACCCGGCCAGCAAUGGCCGGGCG